AUGGAUUUUCUAUUAAUAUUAAUUCGUACAUUAUGGUUACAAAAUUCUCAUAAUGUUAAAAUAAUAUUAACAUCAGCAACAAUUGAUGUUGAAAAAUUAGCUCAUUUUUUUCAUCAAGUUAUUAAUGGACAAAUUCUUUUAGUUUAUCAAUUUAAUGUUGAUGAUCGACUUUUUGAUGUUCAAGAAAUGUAUUUAGAACAUAUUCAAAAUUAUGGUCUUAUAACACGUUUAUCUCGUGAAGCAAUUAAUCUUGCUGUUAACUUAAUUAAAAGUUUUGAUAAUGAAGAUAGUAUGGCCGGUUGGGAUCACACGAAAAAUUUACCUAUUAAACGUACUACUGUACUUGUUUUUCUUCUUGGUUUACUUGAAAUUCAAACUGUUUAUGAAACUUUACGUUUUCCACGUGGAAAACCAGAUUCAGUGUAA